AUGACAAAGCAUCCACCUAACAGACGAGGAAUCAGCUUUGAAGUGGGAGCCCAGUUGGAAGCCCGGGAUCGAUUAAAAAACUGGUAUCCAGCUCACAUAGAAGACAUUGAUUAUGAAGAAGGAAAAGUUCUCAUCCAUUUCAAACGCUGGAACCAUCGUUAUGAUGAAUGGUUUUGUUGGGACAGUCCUUACUUACGUCCUUUAGAGAAAAUACAGCUGAGGAAAGAAGGCUUACAUGGAGAAGAAGGAUCAUCUGAAUUUCAAAUAAAUGAGCAGGUCCUUGCUUGCUGGUCUGAUUGUCGUUUUUACCCAGCCAAAGUCACUGCGGUUAACAAAGACGGUACUUACACUGUGAAAUUUUAUGAUGGAGUAGUUCAGACUGUCAAACAUAUUCAUGUCAAAGCUUUUUCCAAAGAUCAGAAUAUUGUGGGUAACACUAGGCCCAAAGAAACAGAUCACAAAAAUUUUUCAUCAUCUGAUAAACGCGAGAAGUUUAAAGAGCAAAGAAAAGCCACAGUCAACGUAAAGAAAGAUAAAGAGGACAAAGCUUUAAAGACAGAAAAGAGACCCAAGCAGCCUGACAAAGAAGGAAAACUGUUUAUCUCGGACAAGGGGAAAGUUUCAGAGAAAAGCCUUCCUAAGAACGAGAAGGAGGAUAAGGAGAACAUUUCAGAAAAUGACAGGGAAUAUUCUGGAGAUGUUCAAGUGGAUAAGAAACCCGAAAAUGACAUUGUGAAGAGUCCUCAAGAAAACUUGAGGGAACCUAAAAGAAAACGAGGCCGACCCCCUUCCAUAGCUCCUGCUGCUGUGGAUUCAAACUCUCAAACUUUACAGCCAAUAACAUUAGAGUUGAGAAGGCGGAAAAUCUCAAAAGGAAGUGAUAUCCCAUUAAAACGUCCUCGGCUUGAAAAAAGUUCAUCCCAAGAAAAGACAAAAAAUUACUCGGAAAACAGUGACAAAGACUUAUCAAGGAGACGAUCCUCUAGGCUGUCCACUAACGGCACUCCGGAGAUCCUAAAUCCUGACUUGGUUGUAUCAGAUUUGGUUAGUAAAGUUGUUACAAAUCCUUUACAAGACACACCACCCAGUGCAAAGGAACCUGAAGGUCAGUUAAAAUCUCCUUUGAAACCUGGACAAGUGUCAUCUGCAAUAACUUGCCAUUCAUUUGGGGAUGGACUGGGCACUCCAGGUUUGGAGUUGAACUGCAAGUCAAUGGGAGAGAACACUAUGAAAACAGAAGCAGCUACUUCCCUUGCUGAGUCCCAGGAGGUUUCUACUGUUACUGCAGCAAGUACUUUUAAGAAAACAGAUGAUUUCAUAACAUCUAAAGCACCAACUAUCGACCUGGACCAUAAGUUUAGAUGCAAGGUUGUAGACUGUUUAAAAUUUUUCCGCAAAGCCAAACUAUUGCACUAUCACAUGAAGUAUUUCCAUGGAGUGGAGAAGUUACCAGAGCCAGAAGAAAGCCCAGGGAAGAGGCAUGUCCAAACAAGGGGUUCUUCAGCUUCAGACAAGGUCAGCCAGGAGAGCCUGGCCAGGAAGCGGGUCUCGGCCAGUUCCCCAACUGCAAAAGACAAGGAAAAGAAUAAGGAGAAGAAGUUUAAAGAGUUUGUAAGAGUGAAGCCAAAGAAAAAAAAGAAAAAGAAAAAGAAAGCCAAACCAGAAUGUCCCUGCAGUGAGGAGGUCAGUGACACUUCCCAGGACCCUUCCCCACCCAAAGCAUUUGCUGUUACCAGGUGUGGGACCUCACAUAAACCUACAGUCCACAUGAGCCCCCAGCUCCAUGGCUCAGAAGCUGGAAACCACAAAGGAAAAGUGAAAGGAGCUGAGGAGGAUAAUCUGAGUGAGUCCUCUUCUGAGAGUUUUCUUUGGAGUGAUGAAGAGUAUGGCCAAGAUGUUGAUGUGACUACAAACGCAGAUGAGGAACUUGAUGGGGAUGACCAUUAUGAUUUUGAGGUGGUUCGCUGCAUCUGUGAAGUCCAGGAGGAAAAUGACUUCAUGAUUCAGUGUGAAGAGUGCCAGUGCUGGCAGCAUGGUGUCUGUAUGGGACUGCUCGAAGAAAAUGUGCCUGAGAAAUACACCUGUUAUGUUUGCCAAGACCCUCCAGGUCAGAGACCUGGCUUCAAAUAUUGGUAUGACAAGGAGUGGUUGAGUAGGGGACAUAUGCAUGGCCUGGCAUUUCUAGAAGAGAACUACUCCCACCAGAAUGCCAAGAAGAUUGUGGCCACCCACCAGCUUCUUGGCGAUGUGCAGAGGGUGAUUGAGGUUCUGCAUGGCCUGCAGCUUAAGAUGAGCAUCUUGCAAAGCAGGGAGCAUCCAGACCUGCAGCUGUGGUGUCAGCCUUGGAAACAGCGAUCAGGGGAAGGACGAUCUCAUUCCAAACACAUUCAUGUUGCUGAAGCCAAGAGCAAGGAGGAAGCCUCAAGCUAUAGAACUUUGAACGGGGCAGUGGAGAAGCCGCUGCCCCUGCCCAUGCCCCUUCCCCGGUCUGUGGAAGAGUCCUAUAUCACCAGCGAGCAUUGUUACCAGAAGCCCCGUGCCUAUUACCCUGCUGUAGAGCAGAAGCUCGUGGUGGAGACUCGGGGCUCUGCACUUGAUGAUGCCGUCAACCCCCUCCAUGAGAAUGGUGACAGUUCCCUUUCCCCACGCCUAGGCUGGCCUCUCGACCAAGAUAGGAGCAGGGGAGAUAGUGACCCCAAACCCACCUCCCCAAAGGUAAGGGAAUAUGUGUCCAAGAAGAUCCCACCAGAGGAAGCUCCUGCUCGGAAGCUGCUGGACAGAGGUGGAGAGGGACUGCUCAGCUCCCAACACCAGUGGCAGUUUAACCUGUUGACCCACGUGGAGUCUCUUCAGGAUGAAGUCACGCAUAGGAUGGAUUCCAUUGAGAAGGAGCUGGAUGUGUUAGAGAGCUGGCUGGACUAUACCGGGGAAUUGGAGCCCCCAGAGCCAUUGGCCAGGCUACCACAGCUCAAGCAUUGCAUCAAGCAGCUACUGACGGACCUGGGCAAGGUGCAGCAGAUUGCUCUCUGUUGCUCAACAUGAAAUUGGGCACCCAGAACUCAUGGAGGCACAAUCCUGGGACACUUACAGGAGAAGCUUCAUAUAUUUAAAUAAAUAAACCUAGCAUGCUG